AUCGUUGUCGUCUCUGUCUCUUGUCGUGAAAUGUCAGAUGCUAGAACAUUUGCAUAUGGACUUCGCCGGUGGCACAUCUUUCCUUUGCCAAAACCCUCAACCACACCUCCGUCACCUAAAGCCCAUGUCAGAGAAUGAAAUGAAAGCUAAAACCUAAUUCUGAAACCCAGAUCCACUACUUAUUCCCAGGUCUACCAUUGUAUAUAUUGGCCUUUUCUAUUUCUCCUUUAGCCCAACCCAACUCCUCCAUCCCCAUCCUCAAACUGCCCAAAUUUCUGGUGGAUGUCUGUCUCUGUCAUAUCACCACACCAGGACACUCUUGACCCAACAAAAAUCGAACGAUCUGUUUUUUUUUAUAGUGCUUGACCCAGGCAGGGGCAUUCAAGUAUUUAAAAAAUCGUGAAAAAGUUAAAGAAUACUACGCCAGGAUUAAGGCGGGAUCAGACAAAUUCUGUGUUUCUCACUCACACAAAACCCAAAAAACCCUUAUCUCUCUUCGCAUUCUCUGGAAACACCAAAAUUUAAAAGGAAAAAAAAAAAAAACAAGCUAAUUCAAAACCCUCCCCCCUCUCAGAAACACAAAAUUAUCGAGUUUUUUUCUUUUUCAAAUGGCAAUUUCUUCAGGGAUUUUCUCUACUUUCCUAUCCACCGAAACGGUGCCGCUUCUCAAGUUUCCUUCUCCUACAUCCACUCCUCCUCUCAGGUUUCUGGCUGCGCCUCCCGCGAACCCGCGCAUGGUGCGUAGUACUGUAGUUACCUGCGCCACGGCAUCGACCGGAAACCGUGCUCCACGCGGCAUAAUGAAGCCGAGGCGAGUCUCACCUGAAAUGGCGGACUUUAUUGGUGCUCCUGAGGUCUCUCGUACUCAGGCUCUCAAGCUUAUAUGGGCCCAUAUCAAGGAGCACAAUCUUCAGGACCCUAGUAACAAGAAGAACAUAAUUUGUGACGAGAAGUUGAAGAAGAUAUUUGCUGGUAGAGACCAGGUUGGAUUUCUUGAGAUUGCUGGGUUGAUUAGUCCUCAUUUCCUCAAAUGAAGUUCAAGAUUAUGGAUCCAGUCUUCGUGGUCAUCUUUCCCGUGGCAGGGCUAUCUUUUUUGUUGACGAUAAUAGUCAAAAUUAUGCCUGGUGCUUUCAGCUUGUGUUUUUAGUCUUAUUUAGCAGUACUUACAUGCAGAACUAGCUUUGUUAAGAAUUUUGCUUAUGGAUCCCUUACGUAGUACGAUUUUCAAGAUGAUAUUAUAACUUUCUGCCAGUUUAUGCUUC